UAAUCUGUUAGAUCACAUUCAGUGUGUGUUGCGGAAAAUGGAGCGGAGUGCUGUGUUUUCUCUCUUGAUCAUGGCUUUGAUAGUGAGCUACGAGUUCGCCGGCGCCGACGGCUUCACAGCGUCAGGGUGGACGAAGGCAAGCGCGACGUUCUAUGGCGGAAGUGAUGCCUCCGGAACGAUGGGCGGAGCUUGUGGGUACGGCAACCUGUACACGACGGGAUACGGUACCCGGACGGCGGCGCUGAGCACAGCUCUGUUCGACGAAGGCACGUCGUGCGGGCAGUGCUAUAAGAUCAUAUGCGACCACAAGGCGGACCCGCGAUGGUGCCUCUCCGGCGUCUCCAUCACCGUCACUGCCACCAACUUCUGCCCGCCCAACUACGCCCUCCCCAACGACGACGGCGGCUGGUGCAACCCCCCAAGGCACCACUUCGACAUGGCCCAGCCCGCCUGGGAAAAGAUAGGCAUCUACCGUGCCGGUAUUGUCCCAGUGCUCUUCCAGAGAGUACCCUGCAAGAAACAUGGAGGCGUCCGGUUCACCAUCAACGGGCAAGACUACUUCGAGCUGGUGCUGGUCAGUAACGUUGCCGGCGCCGGGUCGGUCCAGUCCAUCGCCGUGAAGGGAUCCAAGACCGGGUGGCUGCCGAUGUCCAGGAACUGGGGCGCAAACUGGCAGUCCAACGCCCACCUCAACGGCCAGUCUCUGUCCUUCAAGGUCACCGUUACCGACGGCCAGACUCUAGUCUUCGCCGACAUCGUGCCGGCCAACUGGGCGUUCGGCCAGACCUACUCCAGCCACUUGCAGUUUAACUGAAGAAGAAAAAGGAGAAGAAGCUGAUAUAUCCAUGAAAAAUUCAACUUUUGGCUGAGGCAUGCUAACUACUUUGCCAAAGUUGCCCGCCAUUAUCGAUCUCCGUUUUGAAUCAGAGCUGUAAUUAUUUAAGGAUUAAGAUUCAAGAAUGUCUGUUACGAAAAAAACAAAAAAUAAAAUAAAAAAUUGAAUUUUUCAUUUUCA